AUGGCUACCCUUGUGCCUUGGGAUCUGUUAACGGACUUCGAACGACGAAAGUAUCGAUUUCGAGCUUUGGAAAUUCUGAAGUUUCUGCACUAUAAUGGCUACAGAGUAGUGGGCGUUGAAAACAGACGCGACGAGCAUUCUACCAAUAGCGAAGACCAUUCGUCAAUGGAAAAACGCUUUGCAUGCAACCUACUCGAAAAAUUUCUAACCUACAUGGACAACGUGGCCCUGAAAGUGCAGCCCGUGAAGCCUAGCAAAGCGUUCUGCCGUCGAAGCGAUUAUGUGGACACCUCGCACGAUGUAAAGUUUUUCAGCAAGAUUCUGCUGCCGCUGCUCGUUGCCUACUUCCGGUCACACAGUGGAUACUUCCUCGCGUCAGGCACUGGAUCCGCUGGAGCAACGAACAAAGAGAAAGAAAUGGUGGCAGGGCUAUUUGCGAGACUUGCCAUGCUUCUACGACGUAAACUGAAUGCAUUCGGAUGUGAAUCCCACACAUCGGUACGCUGCCUGCAGGUACUGGUGAGGAACAUUGACGUGAGAACACUUGUUAAAAUCAACUCGGACACGGUUCGAACGUCGCUUUUGAUCUUCUUCAAUGGCGCGGCCGACGACUUAAUCCUAGCCGUGCGAGACAUCCGCAACCAGGGUUGUUACGUGUCAUUGCGAGGAAAGACGCUGAAAUCGUGGUCCAGUCUCACCUACGUCUGUCAGGUGUUGCUGCCGUUGCUGACAGCGCUGUUCGCUCACCUAAACUCCACUAACGCUGGCCAGGAUCUGCUCAUAGACGAGAUCCAAAUUGCGACGUAUAAGAUCGUCGACAGCUUGUACGCUCUGUCGCUGUCCACCACAGCGGUGCAAGACCGAAAGUCCAUAAAAUAUGAAAUCGAAAAGCAUCGUUCGGCCAUCGGUCAGUGUUUGAGAGCCUUUGCCAGCUGUUUUCCUGUCGCUUUCCUUGAGCCGGACUUCAACACCAACAAUCGCUUCUCUUUCCUUAACAAAUUUCAUGACCAAUCUGUCUUGGCGAGAGAAAUGCUUCAUACGUAUUCAAGCAACAUACCGCUGCUCGACGACGUGCUGCAAAAGAUCGAAGACGUAGCAAAUGUUGGCGGCAAGUACGACGAUGAUCCGAACAUCUUCGAUGUCCACCUGCCGAUGCUAUGCAGCUACAUGACGUACUGGCGGCAGUUCGGCGAGGAUGGAACUCCGUCUGAAACAAAGGUUACAAAUAUUAAUAGCGAAUACAUCAACAAACUGUUUGUGGCGGCUCUGAAGGUAGUCGCUGAUCAUACGGGUUCGAAAAACGCGAUUUGGCUGUUUCGAUUUACUCCUUCGCUUCAGCCAAUGAUUCCGUAUGUCACGAUCGAUCCGCUGAAUGACUACCUUCUUCCCAUUGCUGCAAAAAUUCGUCGAUCCGCUGAACAAGCAUUCAAAGAGGAAGAACGGCUACGCACACAUCCGGAAACUACCGACGAAAACGCUGUAAUAGAGGAAAACUCUAUCCUGGUUCGCGACAUUUAUUCGUUCUAUCCUUUGUUGAUCAAGUUCACCGACUUGCAUAAAGCUCAUUGGUUGAAGAAGCCGUCAUUGGAGACGAACUGUUUGUAUGAAAACGUGGCGGUAGUUUUCAAAAUCUGGUCUGAAUCCCAAUUCGAGGACGACGUGGGUCCCAGCAUUGAGGUUAAGACCGGCAAAGCUGCAGUUGCCGUCAGGAAAAAGAAGCGGAGGGUCAGCAAGCGGCGUGAUCAGAGCGGCAACAGCAUUGUCGUCGCCUGUUUGAAGAGAUUAUUGCCGGUCGGCUUGAAUCUCUUUGGUGGUUCAGAGUUGGACAUUUUGCAGAAAGUGAAGGAAAAGUUCAUAGCGAGGGACAACGAAGAACAGAUCAGAAGUUUCAUUCAGUCCAGUUUGAACGUACCGAAGGAACAAGACCGCAAUCAAAAGAAUCAGUGGCAGAAAGAACUGUAUCAAAAAAUUGGUAAAGCGCAGAUGCUCCGAAUUGAGCCGAUGACCCAGGAAAAAGUCGUGGACAAGAUCUCAAAAAUGGGCGACGUGCUAUCCGCUCUUCAUGCAGUGGAACAUCCUUUAGCGCAGAUGGCAAACGCAUGGCGGAAAGUGUUGUCUGUACAGCGCAAAAGAGCGGUCGUUGCCUGCUUCCGCAUGCUCUCGAUAUACAGCUUCCCCAAGCAUCGGUGCAUUAACCUGUUCAUGGAAGGUUACCAAGAGAAAUGGCUGCAGUCUGAAAAUACGGGAAGGGACCGGCUGAUCAGCGACGUUGCCAACUUUUCGGACGAGAAUCGUUUGGCCAUCGCCGCUAGAUCUGAGGGGGAAGAACUGGAAAAUCUGAAAAUUCCAGACCCGAUUGUUCAGUUGGUUCAUUGCUUCCAACGCGCCGCCACUGCGGAGCGAAAGCAACUCGUGUCGAUCAACAGCGACCAGCUGUACAAGGACUACGCGGUGGUCAUGGCCAGCAGCAUCCACAUAAAGGAGGAAGAUGACAACGAGGCGGCGGACGAGGAAGAAGCGGUUUCAAUGGAGGUCGGUUGGGAAAAUGCAAACGCGACUUGCAAUGGCGAGCCUUCGACCAUGGUCUCGGAUACCUUACAGCUGGGUAUCCACAUUCUGAACGGUGGUAACAAAGCCGUACAAGCAGCGAUGCUGCGCUAUCUGCAAGACAAGCGAGAUGUACAGUUCUUCUCAUCGAUAACCGGUUUGCUUAGCAAAUGCAGCGUUCUGAACCUGGAGAUAUUCGAACGCCAGAUCAAAGCUGAAGAGAUGGGAAUGGGAGCGGAGCUUUCGGUCGGCGAACAUCAAAACUUGAAUGACGCAGAUUUCAUAUGUAGUUUGUUCCGUUUCUUGCAACUGACCUGCGAAGGUCAUAAUAAUGGUAAAUGUUCUCUGCGGCUAUUCAGAGGCUAAAU